AUGCUCCCACCCUCCGCUUCAUAUCCACUCAUAAUUUUACAGAGUGAAGUAUACAAACCAAGCUUGCCCACAAUCCUAGAGGAACCAACUGUGGAGGAGGAACCAGAGAUUGUUCCAUCAACACCAAAAGAAGAGAAAAAACCAGUUGAAGUAAAAGCUACUGAGACCGAACCAAAAGAAAAACCCACCCCUGUAGAGGUUCCAGAACUAGAGGAAGUUGGCAAAGUUGAAACUAGUUCAACCAAAAAAGAGGAAACUGAAAAACUUUCAAAGGGAGAUGAUGUCAGUGUUCCAGAAUCAUCUACCACUGACGAGGUGACACCAAAACCAACUGAGAAAAACACCGAGCCAAAAGUCGGUGAAGCAGAAAAGAAAGUACCAGUCAGAAAGUUUGCCAGACCAGCACCAAAGCCACCAGUUGUAUUGCCCGCUAAACCUGUAGAAGAGACAGAGACUGAACCCAAGAAACCAUCAAGCUUAAGGGGAAUGCCACAACUUGUCGUAAAAAAGGUUGGUGACUACAAAAGAAAGGUCAGCGACAAGGUUCACUCGGUUAAGUUUGAUAACGUAGCCAGACGUGCUUCUGAUCUCAAGAACCGUUCCAUAGAAGUGACAAAGGAUACGGCGACUAAAACCGGUAAAGUUAUCAAAGAGAAAUCAGUAGUUGCCGGUAAGGCCAUUAAAAAGAACUCGGUAAUUGCUGGCAGAGUUAUCAAAGAGCAGUCUGCAGUUCUCGGUAAAGCUAUCAAGGAAAAGUCCGCAGACCUUGGCAAAACCAUCAAGGACAAAUCAGUAAUUGCUGGUAAAGUUAUCAAGGAUAAAUCAGCAACUGCCGGUAAGACCAUAAAGGAAAAGUCAGUAACAGCCGGUAAGACCAUUAAAAAGAAGUCUGUAGAAAUUGGUAAAGCCAUAAAGAAGAACUCAGUAGUUGCCGGAAAAGCCAUUAAAAAGAACUCCGUUGCAUUAGGCAGGACUGUAAAGAAUCAAACUGGUAAUGCAAAGGACAAAGUCAAGCGUAUUGUCAAACGUGAAAGCUACGAAGUUAACCCUAUUGAAUCCACUAGACUUUGA